CUCUCCGGUAUCCGUAUGUGCCUAAAAUAGAGUCCUGCGAUGGCGAAUGAGAAGUACAGCAGCGAAGGCCCCUCUCAAGAAGGAGGUAACUGUAGCUCACCUUUGGUCUCCAAGGCAUCAGUCGCUCACCUUGGUAAGUUGUUUCGCCUCCAGCAGGACCGGAAGAGAAGGGAAGCAGUGUGAAAACUAAGACUGUCUCUUCCAGCAAGGCAUCAGGAGACAGUCUGCGAAAGCGGCCUGCUCGUGAGAUCGACCCAGAAGAUGAGUCCAAAAGCACAUCAGCUCCCCCUAAAAUGUUCAAGUCAGGGUUUAGCAUGACAGCAAAGAAACCUAUGGCCAUCUCUAUCAAGCUGGGAGCAAAUAAACCUAAAGAGCCUCCCCCUGCCAUACCUCCCAAGAAAUCUGGACUUGCAUCUGUUUUUAAUGAGGACGAUGAUAGCGAGCCUGAAGAAAUGCCACCUGAGGCAAAGAUGAGGAUGAAGAAUAUUGGCAGAGAAACGCCCACAUCAGCUGGCCCCAAUUCCUUCAACAAAGGAAAGCAGGGAUUCUCAGACCAUCAAAAACUGUGGGAGAGGAAGCUUAAAUCCCACACAGAUCAGUAGUGUCUGCUUGCUUUUUGGCACUGAUUUUUAUUUUUUGUUUUUGUUUGAUGAACAUUGUACAGAUGUAUAUAUGUAAUGAAUGUUUACGCUAAAACCAUCUUUUUCGCCAUGCUAUGGUUAAAAAAUGCCUUCCUGUGUAGAGUGCAAACAUAGAAAAUUAGCAUAAUCUUUAUCACUGUACAAUAUGACAUGUGCCACACCAGCCUGUUAUCAUUUACAGCUUAGUUGUUAUACAGAAAAGGAAUGUGGUGGUGCAGUCAUUUAGGAUUGUUUAAGAUUCAUUCAUAGCAAGGAAAAAAAAAAGUCUAUGAAGUAAAUAAUAAAUAGGAGAUGUGGCAUCCAUUUUAAGAAUGUUUUCCCUCAUUCAUCUAGUUGGUGUGUUUGUCAGGUUGUGAAAGCAGAAUUAAAUUAUUUCAUUUUCAAAUUUAAUUUGCUCACCUUCAUGGAAUUUACAAACUUGUAUUUUGUGGAAAAGAAAAAAAUUAUACUUGUAGGGUUUUCCUUUUUGUUCUUUUUUGUUACUGUGUUAAAUUAAAGGAAAACAGAAACAACA